AUGGCUGAGUCUUCCGUCACCGAUUCUCUUUCCAGCUAUUCCGAUACAGAUUUUGCUGAGAUUGUUGUGGUGCGUCAUGGUCAAACAAUUUGGAAUUUUGAAGGAAAAUGCCAGGGACAGGUGGAUAUUGAAUUGAAUGAAGUGGGAAAACAGCAAGCAGAUGCUGUUGCUGAUAGACUAUCGAGGGAACCGAAGAUCUCGGCUGUAUAUUCAUCUGAUUUGAAAAGAGCUUUAGAAACAGCACAAACAAUUGCAUCCAGAUGCGGAGUUCUAGAGGUUGUGAAGGAUUUGGAUCUGCGAGAAAGACACAUGGGGAAUAUGCAAGGACUUGUUUUCAGUGAAUCAGAAAAAACUAAUCCCAUAGGUUACAACAUUUUGAAAUCCAGGAACGAAAAUCAAGAAAUUCCGGGCGGUGGAGAAAGUCUUGAUCAACUGUAUGAACGUUGCAAAUCUGCAGUGCUGAGAAUAGGCAGAAAACAUAUAGGAGAACGUGUUGUUGUUGUUUCUCAUGGAGCAUCGAUCGAAGUACUCUACAAAUGGGCAGGUGCAGAUGGAAAGUAUGCGGGGAAUAUACGCAAUGCAUCUGUAACUGUUUUUCAGUUGUAUGGUGAUGACAAAUGGGUUGUAAAAUCGUGGGCUGAUAUUAGUCAUCUGAGUCCAUAUUGA